AUGAAGAAUUUAAUUUUCAUUUGUUUAAUAGCUAUAGUGCUUGCACAAUAAGUACAACAUACAAAUAGAUGCAAUGAUUGUGCAUAAUUGAAAUCUUAGAAUGACUGUGAAUAAGAAGUUACAGUAACAGGAGCUUGUGAAUGGGUAGCUGCAGCCGGUACAACAGCAGCAAAAUGUUAGAAAAAAACAACAGUUGAUCCAGUUGCUUCAUUCAAACCUUAUUGUGAACUUGUUGAUAAACCAGAAACAAAUUGUGCUAAAACCUUAGGAUGUGCUUACAUCGACUCAAAAUGCACACAUUUUGCAGGAUGUUAGGCAUAUGUUUAAUCAACAACAGCAAAUUGUUAAGCUAUUUCUUAUUUUUGUGUAAGUGAUGGUACUGCAUGUAUUGAAGCUAAAGAAUGUAAAGAUUACACUCAAGUAUAAUGUGAAUCUACUCCAAGUAUUUCAGGAAUUCUUAAAUGUAAAUGGGAUACAAAUUCUGGAGCAUGUAGAGAUUUUUCUUGUUCAGAAGCUGAUUCUAGCUUAAAUACAGAUACAAAAUGUUCUGAUUGGUUAGCUGGAUGUGUGACAAAAGGUUAAGGUUGUGUUAAUGCUCCAAGACCUGCUUGUGCUACAUAUACUGGAGAUGAUGCUGCUUGUUAAUCAUAUAUAGGUUCUGACGGAAAUUGUGAAUUAUCUGCAGGUACAACAAAUUGUAAGGCUAAAGAAUGUGCAAAUGCUUCAACUUCAUUGUCUUCUGAUGAUGAUUGUAAAGCUUAUUAAACAGGAUGUAUAACAACAGGAAAAGGAUGCGUUUUGGCUACAGUGAAACCUUUAUGUUCAACCUACUCAGGAGAUAACACAACUUGUGUUGGUUAUAUUGGUUCAGAUGGAGUUUGUGAGGGUGAUGCUGGUGGCUCUAAAUGUAGGGCUAGAAAAUGUGAAAAUGGUGCAUUUAAUACUGAUGAACUUUGUAAGCAGUAUCAAACAAGUUGUAGAACAAAUGGCAAAACUUGUGUAUCUACCUUAACAGCAUGUAACACUUACAAAGGAACUGCCACAUCUUGUGCUGCAUAUAUUGGUACUGAUGGAUAUUGUAAGGGAACUAGUACAACUACAGAAGCUUCUUGUUUACCAAAAGUUUGUGAUGAAGCACCUGAUACAACAACUACAGAUGAUGCAUGUAGUAAAUAUUAACUUGGAUGUGUUACUACAGGUAAAGGUUGUGUAACAAAGCCUAACUUAAAAUCUUGUACAACUUACGAUGGAGAUACUACCAGUUGUUAAUCUAGAGUUGGAUUAGAAGGAAAAUGUACUUGGAAGAGUGGAACUAAAUGCGUUGCUAGAGAUUGUACAUCUGCUGCAGCUAAUGUUAAUACUAAUACUCUUUGUGCUAAUUAUUUCACAAAUUGUGUUACAACUGGAUCUGGAUGUGUUUCUUAAACUAGUUGUGAUUUAACUGUUAAGUAAUAAAGUUGCGAAGGAACCAAUAAUUGUUCUUGGUAACCAAUUUGUACUAGCAAUAAAGCUUGUUCUGAGUAUAAGAAAAAAGCUAUUUGUUUAGCAAACUAAGCUAGAGUUUAAAAAUUAGACAAAUAUGAUGACUAAGGAAAUCCAGUUUACAUUUAUGUACCAACAAAGUGUGGUUGGUUGAAUGGUGCUUGUAAGAAUUUGGAUUGUUCAGAUCUAACUGGAGCAUUUUAUAACAACGAUGCUAAUUGUACUAGUGAAUUACCAUAGUGUAUAAGUAAUAGAGUUGAUGCAUGCAUAACUAAAUAUGAUUGUAGUAAACUUUUUGGAACACAAUCAACCUGUUUAAGUUAUCCAGCUUAUUGUACUAAUACUGGUUCAGCUACUGAUACUACUGCUUGUGUAAGCAGAAAAUGCUCAGAUAAUACAGAUGCUACUGAUAAUGCAACCUGUAAUACAUUCUUACCAGGAUGUAUUAGUAAUGGAAAAGGCUGUGUGGAUUACACCACUCCAUGCACUUCAAUGUAAGGAACUUAAGCAACAUGUGAUAAAUUAUUUGCUUACAAAAGUACAAUUGGGGAUUCAAAAGAUAAAUUUGAAACAAAUUAAUGUUAUAACUCAUCAAGUGCAACUGCAACAGAUUAUUGCAAAGUGAAAACUUGUGCUCUUGCUGAAAACUAGACUGAUAGCACAUGUGGAUCAUUUUUAGAUGGUUGUGUUUAUAAUGGAAAUGGAGGAUGUGUUGAUCCAAAAAUAGCAAGUUGUUCAAGUUAUACUGGAGUUGCAGCAUUUUGUGAUAAUGCAAUUGUUGGAAAUAAUAAUGCUAAAUAUUGUUUUGGAACAUCAAUAUCAGGAACAUGCAAGACAAGAGCUUGCACAGAUAAUACAACUGCAACAAAAGAUGAUGAAUGUGAAACAUUUAUGACUGGAUGUAUUGCAAAAUCAGAAGGAGGUUGUAUUGAUAAAUCAAGAGCUUGUAGUUCACAAAAUGGUACUCUAACAACUUGCCCAACAUUUUCAGGAGGAUUAGUUGGUGUGAAGGUACCAUGUACAAAAUAUGAUGCAUGCUAAGAUAGAUUAUGUGCAGACAAAACAAAUCCAUCAUAAGCAUCUGAUUGUACUGAUUAUAAAACAACUUGUAGAUUUUUAAAGAGUGGAGCUGCAUGUAUUGAUGCUGGCGCAUGUAAUUCAUAUAAUACACCAGAUACUGCUACAACUGAAUAAUAAAAAUUCGAUUAUUGUACAAGCAUAAAAAGUAGUAGUGGAUUAUUAUGUGGUUGGAGUUCUGGAACAAAAUGUGCAGAUAGAACAUGCGAUUAAUUCUUGAGUUCAUUUACUGGUAGUUUGACAUGUGUUACAUAUUUGUAAAAAAAUGUUUCAACUUUAUCUGACAACACCUGUAAAUUAGCUGGAAGCUAUUGUUAUUUACCGGAUAAAGCUGACUGUACUUAUGCUUUCCCUACAGGAGUCAACACAGAUGCCCUCAAAUUAACUUAAUGUUAAAAAUAUGUCAAUACUUCAGGAGUAUUUUGUUCAUUUAAAACAAGUGAUGCUACUUGUACUCUCUAAGACACUUGUGAAAAGGUAGUUUCCUAAACAUCGGCUUAGGUUUGUAAUGACAUCUUGGGCUACACAAAAGGAAUUUGUUAAAAAGUUACGAAUACUGGAUGUCUAUCUACUAUAACAACAUGUUCAAAUUAUAAUUUAGAUUCCACAUUAUCCGAUGCCAAUAAAAAAAUCGCUUGUGAAGCUCUAAAAGUAGUUGAUGCUACCACUUUUGGUGAUGGCGCCAGAGUAUAUAAGGGCUGUACAUGGACUUCAGGUAAUGUAUGUGCAGCAAUGACUUGCGCUAGUGUAGCAUCAGCUGUAAGCUAAAAAGAUUGCGAUAGUAAAGUUACCGGAUGUUAUUAUUAUGCCGGAAAAUGUAAUGCUUCGGUUGCGUCUUGUCCAACAUCUUUUCCUUCAAAUUUAGGUUUAGAUACUGAUACCAAGAAGGCAAAAUAUUGCAAAUCUAUUUAUGAAACAAGUAAUGGAUAUUGUGAAAUAAAGCCGGAUGGUACAGGUUGUCAAACUGGAGCUAAUGCUGAUUGUAUUCUAACUUUUAGUUCUGUAUGGACAGCUACAAACUUUGAUGGCGUUACUGCAGCUUCUUCUGCCUUUUGUCCUACUUAAUCCACUAAAGAUAAAGCUAAAUACUGUAUUUUGGAUUCAAGUGAUAUUACAAAAUGUAAAGUAGGAACAUGCGAAGAUAUCCCAUCACCAGCAAAUUAAGGAGAUUGUGAUUUACAUUUACUUGGUUGCGUGUUCUCAGCUGCCAAAUGUAGAACACCUAAAGUUGGAACUAUUGCCGCAGCAGGAGAUUGUGCUGAUUCAACCAAAGCUCCAUUUAACUCUGACCUUGCAGGAAUAAGUGAUGCAAGCUCAAAAACAGCAUUGUGUUAAAUUUUUUCGAAGGAUGGAUCAACAAUUUAUUGUACCUAUGAUUAAUACAAUGGAUCUCCUCCAGCAGCAUGUGUAGGCGCAGAUACUUGUAAUUCUUAUACUACUUUACCAUCUGGCGACGCAGCUAUAUCGGCAUAUUGUUUGAGCAAAAUUAAUGCUAGUGGUAAGAAAUGUGCUUUUACAAACGGUGAUAAUAAAUGCAGAGAUUUUGAUUGUUAUGAUAUCUAAAGUCCAACAUCUUAAGUUGAUUGCGAUAUAAAUGGAGUUGGAUUGAAAUGUUUUUAUUUUAGAGGUACUUGCGUUAAUGAUGAUGCUACAUGUGCAGUUGUUCCAUCUGUUGGAGCUACAACAGCUGAUAAAAAAUCAUACUGUGAAAAAAUAAGUAUUACUGAAACUUGCACAUACAUUGCUGGAAGUUUUUGUGUAAAAGUUGCUGCAAAAUGUGAUGCUUUCGAUGUGACAGCAUCAACUGACAAAGCAGCCACUUGUGGAUCACUAAAGGAUGGAUCAGCUAAAUAGUGCACAUAUAUUUAAGGUAAUAAUUGUGUCACAUUGGAUACAUGCGAUAAAUAUGACGGAAGUUCUGAUGUUAAACUAGGACCUGCAGAUGGAUCAGAGGAUACACAAUGUAAAGCAGUUAAAUCUUCAGGAGGAUACCCAUGCAUGAAGGAUACAACUAAAAAAUGUAAAGCAUAAGUUUGCACCGACAAUGAUGCUAGUGCAACAGAUUGUUCAAAUAACGCAUCUAGUUGUCUCUAUUAUUAAAGUAAAUGCAUAGCCAAAGAUACAUGUGCUAAUUAUACAGCUUAAGGAAGCGAUAACACUGCCAAAUAAGCAUGGUGCGAAGGAGUUUAAAAUUCUUCAGGAGAUUUAUGCGCUUGGGACUCAGCAAAUAGCAAAUGCAAAGAUAGAGCAUGUUCUGAUAAAUAAUUUUAUUCAGAUUUUGAUUGUCAAAGUUACUUAUCCUCUUGCAAGACUAAUGGAACUAUAUGUGUUCUUAAGACAACUAAUUGUAAUGUGGUUAAUGGUUCAAAUGAUUUUUGCAAUUCAUUAACAGAUUCAACUGGAAAAGAUAAAUGUAAGCCAAUAGCUACUCCUUCUUCAUCUUCUUCUGCAUGCUCAAAUAGAUCAUGCUAUGAUAAUGUUGUUGCAACAUCAGAUUCUGAUUGUGAAAGUUACUUAAGCGGUUGUGUGACAAGAGGAGUUGGAUGCAUUCCAAAUACAGAACCAUGCACAUCAUAUAGAGGAACCAAAUAAUAAUGUGAAGCAUUCAAAAAAUAUACAGGUGUAGAUGCUAAUAAGAAUCCAAUAUAUGAAUAUUGUUCUGGUGAUGUUUCCAAUACUACAACUAGUAAAUGUAAAGUAAGAACUUGUGGAGAUAACACAACUGCCACUUCAGAUACAGAAUGUGCUGCAUAUUUAUAAGGUUGUGUAACAAAGGGUACAGGAUGUAUUGAAGCCUCUUCAUUAUGUACAGGAUACAAAGGAGAUUAAGCAGGUUGCUCUAAAUUUAAAGGAAAUACAGGAACUGAUUAUUGUUGGAAUACUGGAACCGCAUUAGCCACUGCCAAUUGUGCAAAGAAGAAAUGUAGUGAUAUUUCUGGUAAAAAUAACAAAGAAUGUUCUGAUGGUAUGCCACCAUUUAAAACUACAGAUAAUCCUUUCUGUGUUUUUGAUGGAACUGGUUGUAUUGAUUAUGGAAAGUCUUGUACCACAUUUUAAGGAACUGAGGAAACAUGUCCAACAUAUUUAACUUCAGAUGGUCCAUGCAAAGCAACUACAGUUGGUACCAUCAAAGGAGCUUGCGCUAAGAGAGUAUGCACAGAAGCACCAAAUACAUUGACAACUGAUGCAGAUUGCAAGAAAUAUCAUCCAAGUUGCUAUACCACUGGUUAUGGAUGUACAGGUGUUAAAUCAUGCAACAACUUGACAAAUUAAGCUUCAUGUAAAUUAAGAGAAGAUUGUACAUGGAGUAACUAAUGUACAAAUUAAAUUACAACAUGUGCAACUUAUAGUAAUACAAGUUAUUCAUAAUGUACUAAUUCUAAAGUUAAUGGUAAAUUUUGUGCUUGGACAGAAUCCACAUCAACUUGCCGUACUUAAACAUGUGAAGAUUAACCAGCAUCUAUAACUACUCAUAAAUAAUGUUAAGAAUUUGCUGAUACUUGUACUACCAACGGAGCUGGUUGCAUCACAAUUACAUUAUGUUCAUCAUAUAAGACUCAAUCUAUAUGUUUAGCUGCAUCAACAUCUAAAGAUGGAGUUGGUAGAUGUGGUUGGGAUACUCUGACCAAUAAGUGUAGAAGUAGAGUUUGUUCUGAUAAAAAUGGUUUAACUGAUGAUGAAUGUAAUACUUUCUUAGAAGGAUGUAAGACAAAUGGAACAGGUUGUGUUACUGGAACUUCAUGUACAGAAUUUUUAAAUAAAUAAUUCUGCUUAAAAUCUAAUAGAGGACCAUGUCUUUGGGUGAAUGGAUCAUGUUUUGAUUAUGACAGAUGUGAAGAUGCAAUUAAAAAGACACAUCUUGAAUGCCAAGCCUUCUCACCAUUAUGUACAACGAAUGGGGAUACAUGUAUUCCAAUUACUUCUUGUGCCGCUACUACUUUGAAAGCUUCUUGUGUUGUAGGAACUGAUGGUGCUUGUGGAUGGUUACCAACUGGAAAAUGUUAGAAAUUCGGAUAAUGUACAGAUGCUGUUGCUGCUACUAAUGAUGAAUGUCUCUCUUAUGGAAGUGCUUGUAUAACUGAUGGAACUACAUGCAUAGCUAGAUCAACUUGUUCAGUUUACAAGACAUAAACCGCUUGCAACAAUUUAGGAACAGAUGGUAUUUGUUAUUGGAAUGCUACAACAAGCGUUUGUAAAUUGAAAGAAUGUGGUGAUGAGUAAAAGGGUACAAAUGAUCAAUGCAAACUUAUCUCUGUAACAGGAACAACUUGUACAACUGAUGGAACUAAAUGUAUCCCAGUAUCUACUUGUUCAACUUAUGUUGAAGCUGGAUGUUAUAAUGGUACUGAUGGAGAAUGUAUAUUUGCAUUACCAAUUGGAGCUGCUGCUACAGCAACAAAGGCUUGUAGAUAAAAGUAAUGUGAAGAUAUCACAGGUGGAACUUCAAAUGCUAAUUGUAUGGGAGUUAUUUCUGGUAAAUCUUGCGUAUCUAAUGGAACAAGUUGUAUUCCCAAGGCUGCUUGUUCAACAUAUAAGAAUAUUACUGCCUGCAAUGGAGGUGGAUUUGAAAAUAAUAAAUCUAUUGUUUGUGCUUUCACUCCUACUGGAACAGAUAAAGUAAAUGGAACAUGCAAGGCAUUUACAGCAUGUGCUGAUGCUACCAAAGAUAAACUUGCUUGCACAACUAAUCCAUCAUGCAAAUGGACUGAAAAUUCAACAGGUACAUCAUGUGUUAAUCAUGCAUGCGAUACUUAUGCUUCAGGAACUGACUGUCAGCCACUCCCAAGCUUUGAUGGAGCUUCAUCUACAGUUUGUGUACUCUAAAGUGGAAAAUGCGCUGCAGCUAAUCCAGGAACUAUGACAGAUCCUAAGAUUUGUUACACUAAAUCAGCCUAUACUUACAGUUGGAACACUGCCACCAGUAAAUGUGAAAGUUGCACAGGAGCUGUAAUUGUCACUCCAAACAACUCAAAUGGAACCAAUACUUCAACUGAUCCAGGAACAACUACUGACAGUGCUUACAUUUUGUCAGCUAUUUCAUUUGGUUUAUUGGGAUUAUUCGCUUGA